AUGGAUGUUAAUAAUUUAAUGGAAUUAAAAGAAAGCAUUUUAAAGGCAGAAAAAGAAAAUGAAGAGAAAUUAAAUAAAGAAGAUUAUAGAUGUUAUGUUGCCCCAUGUGCCGCAUUUGCCAAAUACAUCAAAUCAUAUCCAGUUGUUGGUACUGUUGAAACUACAUUAGAAAAGAAAAAAGGCUUUACUACCAGAUUUAAAACCACUGAUGAUAUUAAUGAAAAACUAUCAGCAAGCUUCAAAGGUUGGAAAUAA